AUGACGAUCCUUACGCCUGCCCGCCUGCAAACUCUCUCGACUUCGUUCCCACUUCUGUCAACCAACUGGUACUAUCUGGCAGCCGCAACCUUCUCCAUCUGCAACGUUCCUGAGGAGGUUCCUGUUAUUUUCGAGUACAUGCUUCAAAAGGUAGAUACUGACAAGGAAAAGUUCGAGAUGGUCCAGCGGAUCCGUGAGGCCAUUCUCAAGUCCUCAGCUCUCGGCGGUCUCCCCAAGGCUAUCAACUCCCUUAUGCAGCUUAAAACAGCUACCCCGGAACCUCUCCGCGAAACUCGUCUCCAGCGCACCCCGGCCCACCAACAGGGACUCGAGGACCGCGGUGCUACCUUUUUCGACCAAGUCUACGGAAAAAUCAAUAAGCGCGUCAUGAGCCAAAUGUCAACUGCAUACCCUGAUCUCGGUUACUACGCUCUUAACCAUGUCUACGCACCUCUUCUCUCUUACACUGGCAUUCUUGGACCAAAAGAAACAAGUUUGGUUGUCAUUGCAUCACUUAUCCCCCAGGAUGUCAACCCCCAGCUCAAGGGCCAUCUCAAGGGUGCCCUCAACAACGGUGCGACCAAGGAGGAGGUUAUGCAGGUCAGAGAAUUGGCCAUGCUGAUAGCCAAAUGGAGUGGUGUGAACUGGAAGAGCGAGGUUGCCAAGCUGUAA